AUGGCAUCACAGGAGUGCUUAAAUUUCUUUAAAGGCUAUGCAACAUUGAGCUUACUGCCCGCCAAAGAAAUUAUCGAGGCAACUACAGAGCUUUUAUCACCAGAGAGCAGAGACUACGAUCAAGAUAGAGAUAAUCGGCAUCCGCUAAUUUAUGGAUCGGAUGAAGGGUCACGCUGGGUCCGCCAAAGCAUAUGUGAUUUAACCAAUGAUGCGUUCCAGUUGAAGGAAUGUGUGAAAAGUAAGCCUGACUACAUCAAUUUAACAUCCGGUGCAUCCUAUGGAAUAUUGAAUUUAUUGGCUCAAACCACAUUACCGCAUACCGGAUAUACCAGACAAGCAUUCAUCAUUUCGCCUACAUACUUCUUGAUCAAUGAAGCAUUUGUUGAUGCGGGUUUUGGUGACAAGAUAACCGCUAUUAAGGAGCUUGAAGACAGCAUAGACCUCGAGGCCCUCAAGGAGAGAUUAGAAUAUUUCGACUCAAUUCACGAUAAGGAGGACCACAGCAAAGAUCACAAAAUAAUAAAUGCACCUGGCGCUGAGAAAUUAAAGAAGAUAUAUAAGUACGUCCUUUACAUGGUUCCCACAUUUUCUAACCCAGGUGGCAGGACCUAUUCCUUAGAGUCUAGGAAGCAAGUGAUCGAGAUAGCCCGAAAGCACGAUAUGCUUAUCAUUUCCGAUGAUGUCUACGAUUUAUUGAAUUACGAACAAUCUUUAGACUCGUUACCUCAUCCGAUGCCAAGAUUGACCUUCUUGGAUAGAGAAUCAUACGCAGGCGGCGAUGAAGGAUUUGGAAACACAAUUUCGAACGCUACAUUUUCGAAAGUUGUGGCGCCCGGCUUAAGAUUUGGAUACCAGGAGAGUGUUAAUAAAAACCUGGUUUCCCAGCUUUCAAGAGGUGGUGCAAAUGCUUCUGGUGGCACUCCAUCCCAAUUGAAUUCCAUGGUAGUGGGUACCAUGCUAAAAAAUGGCGAGUGUACCAGAAUUCUUCAGCACUCGAGGGCUGUCUAUAAAGAGAGGUGCCAAAUACUAUACGAUUGCAUUAAAAAAUGUUUACCCAGCCAAACUGAAUACACCUUACAGACAGGUGGAUACUUCUCGUGGGUGACAUUACCCGAUGGCUACAACUGUCGGGAAAUAUGUGCAAUUCUCAUGGAAAAGCACAAUGUUAUCAUUCCUGAUGGUUCUUGGUUUGAGGUGGUUGGUGACCCAAAAGGUUGGGACACUAGAUCCUGCAGACUUUCAAUCAGUUUUUUAAGCGCCGAUCAAAUAGAAAGGGGCAUCAAAAUCUGGGGUGACGAAUGUAAAGAAUACGCCCUAAGUCAUAACUUGAAAUUCUAG